AUGGAUUUCCGCUCCCUCGCUGCCAGCCGCAGAGACACUGACCGGACGACAGGGCUCGGCACGGCAGGACACCCUCAGCACCCCAAGCAGCAGGACAGCCACUGCAGCAGGACACCCUCAGCACCCCCAGCAGGACACCCUCAGCACUCCCAGCAGGAUGCCCACAGCACCCCCACAGCAGGACACCCUCAGCACCCCCAGCAGGACACCCACAGCACCCCCACAGCAGGACACCCUCAGCACCCCCAGCAGGACACCCUCAGCACCCCCACAGCAGGACGCCCACAGCACCCCCACAGCAGGACACCCACAGCACCCCCACAGCAGGACGCCCUAAGCACCCCCAGCAGGACGCCCACAGCACCCCCUGCUGGACGCACAGACGCAGACUCCGGCAGCUGCUCGCGCUCCAGCGGGACGGACACGGUCCCAAUCCGGACUCACGGAGCGACGCAGCAGAACCUUAAUUCUCUGGAAAGCUCGAUCCAGAACCUGUUGUCGGAGCUGUACCCUCCCUUUGAGGCCACCGCCCCCACUCUUCUCAGCCAGCUCUUCCAAAUCAUUGAUAGUCGUUAUCGGGGAGAUGCUCUGCGGUGCCUGCUGGACUUUCUGGUUCCAGCUAAGCACAUCCUAGACACCGUGCAGCAGGCUGCAUGUGCUCAGUACUCUGAUGUACUUUUCCUGUGUGAGGGCUGGCCUCUGUGUUUGCGUGAUCGAGUUGUCGUCCAUCUCGCACCCAUCAACCCGUUGCUACUUCAGUCUGGUGACUUUUACCUCCAGGUCGCACCAUUCUGUAACCAAUCGGCUCGCAUCUUGGUUUGCAGCCUCCUGGAAGAGGAGGGGCUCCUAGUAGAAGUUGUCGAGGAGACUCCGAUUGCUGAAACCUCCUAUCCUUGUUUAUUCCGCCGUGACUGGUUGGAGGAGAUCAACCAGGGUCGCCAUGGAACGCCUCUCAGUCAAUGCCUGCUUGCCACUGAGCAGGGCGUGGUGAGGUUGCCAUGGGAACGGGUGGCCCUGCCUGAUUUUGUGGACGUGCCACUGUGUGCUUGGAGUAGUAUGGCCUCGGCUCCUCCUUCAUAUCUUCCAUUACCACCUCCGCUUCCUCAUCCUCCACCUCUUCCUCAUUUUCCUGAGAAUUCUUCAAUAAAUCGUUCACUUCCUCUUUCUCCUCCAAAGACAUCUUCACCAAAACAGUACCCUGUUACCAGUCAAAAUUCGAUUAUAGCAUCUUCCUCACAUCCCUCUGCCUUCUCUGUGGAGACCCGUAUAUGUCCAGCGAGGCAUGGCAUUGCAGUGUCACUCUGCCUGGUGGAUACUAGCGCUGCUUCUUCAUCGAGACGAGUCAAAGUCAAAGAGACCGAAAGUGAGCCAAAGCCUAUCGGCCGGGUGUCUCCUAAUAUGUGGGACAGGGGCUUUACUGGGACAGGCCCAAAUACAGCCACAAAAACAAGCACUGUUUCAGGUACACACAACCCCGCAAGUGGAGAUAGAACUACCUGCAAACGUGAAGAUAAGAAUGUAAUUGUUUGCAAAAAUAUAGGACCAGAUAAACAUAAAGAUACAAACACUCAAAAUAUAAGCAGGAGAGAGCCAGAAGGUCACACUGUUGUCGAAGGAGAAUAUAUUGAUAUUCUGCAGGCAACUAUGCUUUUCAGUCAAGCUCAGUCUGCAGCUGAAGAACAACAGAAACUAGAAGUUCAAAUGCAGUCGCAUGCACAAAUCGAACCGCAAAUGCAACCAUGUCCAGAAAUGGAGUCCUACAGGCAAACACAGAGACAGCCUAACAAACAGACCCCACCUCAAGCACAGUCACAAGCACAUGGCCAGUUAGCAACAAAACCACAAACACACGGUCCUUCUAGAUCAGAGGCUACUGGAGCAUUGAAGCCCAACAUGUCUGCCGAGACCGCUCUCCACCAUUCCCAAUCCCAUCACCCUCUCCCUGACUCCCUUGAACCUUUUCAGUGUGUCCGUACCGUCCGGUUCUCAGAGAAACCCUGUACCCCGUGUAUGAGGAGAAGACAGGGCGGAAAUGCGUCCAAAGGUCAGGAGCUGAGGUGUCGAUACAGAGACUCCUACCAGGCUGCUAUACAAAACCCUGUCUCCUUUGGACAGGAGAAGGAGAGGGGGACUAUGUUAGCCGUGGUGGAGGAGGAUAAUGCGUUCUCCCAGUGUGAUGAAAGACUCCCAGAGACGGAAACGGGGGAUCCAUGGCGCAAUGUUCAAGGAACGUGGUAUAAUCCUGUGAUGCAACAACAGUCUCCGUCCUCUGUCAGUGGAGCCAUCUGUAAAGAGUCAGGAGAGAAGAACCAAGUUCCAUAUUGGAAAACAGGAAAUACAAACACUGCCCCCUGUACGGAUUACAGGGAAACAAAUGCUUUAAAUGUUGGUGGGCUACCACAAGCAACAACUGAAAGGACCACUCUGCGAUUCAGUGACCUCAGGGAUGCACACUCUGUCAAUACGUAUGGCAAUUUAUACAAUGAGAAUGGGACAAGCUUGAAGGAUCCUAACCAGUCAGAUGUGAUCUCUGCCAAACACCCCAGAUUACCGUUUACUUCAACUGAAAUGUCAGCAAUGAACACGAGCCUCAAGCCUCGAGAAAGGCUACAGAACAAAACCAAUUCCAUAGGAGUGAGUCCAAACUUUCCUCAGCCUCUUUCAGCACCACAUAACAGACAUGAGUACGUCUCAGACGGAAGAGGUUCAUCCCUCUCCACAGCUGUGGUGGACACCUCAGAAAAGUGUGGGCUCGUCAUUGUUGAAGGUCAAAAUGUGAGAAGAAGAGAAAAUACUGGCUCCUGUGCAGAGAUUCCCCAGCUGCAUGUGGUCAAAUGUAAAAACAGCACAGCCUUUGGACUGGUUUCACCCAAGAUCAACAGGAGGAAGAUGGUCAUUCCAGAUGCUGCUCAGCCUGACAGUAACUUCAUCACCAGUAGAAGUGGCCAUCAGAUGGAGAACCCGUCACAGACAGAUCCACCUCCAGCAAUAGAGACACAGAAGAUCUCCCAGCCUGCUUCUACUCGUCCCAGACUGGACCACCUUCCCCUGGGAUCUCCAGACCCCAGAGCCCACCCCCUCUACCUAGGAGUGGCCUCUAUCACAGGUGGCAAAGACCGGACAGGAAGGGCAAUAGUUGAGCUCUAUGGACACCACCAGGGAUGGACAUCAGCUGUAACCAGCCAAGAGCUUCUACAGAUGCUGCUCUACUUCCGCACUAUCACCAGGAGAGAGAUUCGAGAAGCUGGGAUGACGCUCAUUUUUGAUUCGAGGAGGACAAAUCCUCAGCCGCAGCUCUAUAAGGCCUUGAUGACGCUUCAGGAGCUGAAUCCCCAUGCAGUGAAUAAUUUCGUGCUGCUGGUGAACAAGGAGAACAGCCUUCGACCAGAGAGAUGUCCCGGCAUCCAGCAGACUGAAGUGGUGACGUCCAUGAAAGCCUUGUUCAAGCUGGUGGAGGUGAGUCAGCUCAGCUCCUGCCUGGAGGGCGCACUGUCCCACAGCCACUGUGACUGGAUAGAGCUGCACCAGAAACUUUUCCCAUUUGUGUCCAAUCUUCAUGAGGCGUCCGGUCUUCUCUUGAGCGCCAUCAGUAAGUUGGAGGAGCCCCAGAGGACAGACACUGUACAGACCGUGCAGCAGUGUAUGGUGGACCAGAGGACUCUGAUGAGGAACGUCCUGGAGGACAGUCGAUUGGUCAGCCUGCAGAGGGAGGGCGGGGCCAUCCUAGCGAGGCUGAGGAAGGAGAGUGACCUCAAAUACCCGCACUGCGAGGACCUCAGUGAUGCAGUGGACUCAGUGACCAGCCUGUACAACCAUGUGGAGGAGCAGGCUCAUGUCCUCGUGCAGAGGUCCAACAUGUCACUGGAACACUUGGAGUAUCUGCUGCAACUCAGAGAAGUGGAGGGACACUUCAUGCAGAUGCAACAGUGGUUUCAUGUAGAGGGAGAGCGCCACAUGCUAGAGGCCGAAACAGUCAACAACUCCGGAGAACGGAUGGAGCAAAUCCUCAACAGCUUCACUGGUUUCCUGAUUGAAGCGAAUGACCGUAGGCACCACGCCAUGACCUUGGUGUCAGAGGCCGAGCGACUCCAGCAGAGCGGCCUCCUCUACUCCGAGACGGAGGCGUUCGGGACUCUAGCCAGCACCUUCAAGUCCGGCCUGGAGGAUUUUCUGUGCAGGGCGGAGGCAUGUGGCAGGGAGCUGCAGAUCAUGGUCAACGUGUGUGAUUUUUGUGAGCAGGCUACAGCUCUCGCCAGCGAAUGCAUUGAGUACCUGGACCAGACAACACCACCUGUCAAUCAAACAAACACUCAGCCAAUACAACACCAAAACCAAGACCCCAGACUCAGCACUGCAUCCCUUUGCCCGUCUGAUAUCCACACAGCACACGCCUCAGGCCCAACCAACACCAGUGUUUUACUGUCGAGCAAUGACACCUCCGUCCUCCAGACCUUCCAAGACAGGUUCCUUCAGUUCAACUUAGAGAGAUUUCAGGAGGUGGAGUCCCAGGCCAGCGCCCUGCGGGGCUCCAGGGGGAUGCAGGUCUGGAACGCAGCCUGGCUGAGAUGCCAGGAGGCCAGGCAGCAGCUACAGGAGAGGAUGCAGGAUGUGGAGGAGGUUUUCCAACAUCAACCGGAUUCUAGCAGCUGGUGUGAACUCCACUAUGUCGAUGUGGUGAGCACUAACGUCCAGACGCCGUCCUCCGGUGGGCAGAAUCUGGUGGUACAAUCAACACCCGGCCCUGGGCACCCUCAGUGGGAGGGCAUCGUGUCGGGAGCCGUGGAUUUAGGGAAGAGAAGGCCGAUUCUGGGCAGCAACAACACUAACUCAAACACGGACGCCUGCCGUAACAUCACAAGUGAGGAUCCCAGUGAUGCUGUAAACAGCCAGGGGUCAAAGGUCACUCCACAGUCACCUCCCAGAUGGUAG